UGUUUGUGUGUUUUUCGUUUUCUGCCAUUUAGGACACAGAAACCGGACUCUUUUGAGUUUAAUAGACAACCCUUUAAUACAUACGCGAUGCGAUGUUCAGCACAUCGGAUCGGUAAAUCUGAGUAAAGUGAUUUGAAUUUGAAAGUAAACAUUACCAAAAAUACUGAAAUCAGAUUAAGAUGUCGGCACUCAAGGCGUACCUCAAGGAGAUCGUCAACGUGGCGGCGGUAAUGGGUCUGGGUGAUAUGGUAGCCCAGUUUGGCAUAGAGAAGAAGCCGCUGAACGAAUGGGACACCGGGCGAACCCUUCGAUUCGGUGCCCUGGGGCUGGUGUUCGUUGGUCCGGUUCUCCGGCAAUGGUACAUCUUCCUGGAAUCCCGGGUUCCAAAAACCUUAAAUCCAAUGCGCCGCUGUGUUACCAAGAUGCUGGCCGACCAGUGCAUCAUCGCGCCACCCUUUACAUUGGCCAUGUCUUUCCUGGUGCCAUUGGUUAACGGCGAGCCAGCCGACCAGAUUCGGAAGCGUAUAUUUGAAUACUAUCCAUCCCUGUUGGCCCGCAACUACAUGCUCUGGCCAGCAGCCCAAUUGAUUAACUUCCGCUUCGUGCCGUUGAGCCACCAGGUGCUCUACGUCCAGUGCGUCGCCCUCAUCUGGAACAGCUACCUCUCGCUCGUGCUAAACAAAACUGUGGAUCCGCAUCCCAAUCCCACCAAAUAAAUUUUAAACUUACAAAGUUUUACACGUGA